UUCUUCCUCUUCACUCUUCUUGCAGCAAAUAAGAAAACCUUCAUUUAUAAGGUCCCUUUGUUCUUCAUUUCCACCACCAUCAUUUACCAUUAAUUGAGACUUAUACUUAACCUACACUAAUCAUGGCUAUCAGCAAAGUCCAUGCUAGACAGAUCUUUGAUUCUCGCGGUAACCCAACUGUUGAGGUCGAAGUGACCACUGCCCAAGGCGUUUUCCGUGCCGCUGUCCCCUCUGGUGCUUCUACUGGUGUUCACGAAGCCCUCGAGCUUCGUGAUGGCGACAAGGAUGCCUAUGUAGGCAAAGGCGUUCUCAAGGCUGUAGAGAAUGUCAACAAGGUCCUUGGCCCAAAGUUGAUCGAAGCUAACAUCGAUGUCAAGGAUCAAACUGCUGUCGAUGAGUUUUUGAUCAAGUUGGAUGGAACCGACAACAAAUCCAAGUAUGGUGCAAAUGCUAUCCUCGGUGUCUCUUUGGCUGUUCUCAAGGCUGGUGCUGCUGAUAAGGGUGUCCCUCUCUACCGCCAUAUCGCUGACUUGGCUGGACAUAGUGGCAAGAAGUUUGUGCUCCCAGUCCCAGCUUUCAAUGUCAUCAAUGGAGGAUCGCAUGCUGGUAACAAGCUCGCCAUGCAAGAGUUCAUGAUCCUCCCCACUGGAGCCAGCUCAUUCGCAGAGGCCAUGAAGAUUGGCUCUGAAGUCUAUCACGCCCUCAAGAAGGUCAUCAAGGAAAAGUAUGGUCAGGAUGCCACGAAUGUUGGAGAUGAGGGCGGAUUUGCACCCAACAUUCAGGAUAAUGCUGAGGGAUUAAAGCUAUUAAUGGAUGCCAUUCAUCUGGCUGGACAUGACGGCAAAAUCAAGAUUGGUAUGGAUGUGGCUGCCUCAGAAUUCUACAAGGGUGGCAAGUACGAUCUCGACUUCAAGAGCGCUGAUUCGGAUGCCUCGAAGCACCUGCCUGGGGAGGACCUUGCCGCCCUUUACAAGGAGUUCAUUGACAAGUACCCAAUCGUCUCCAUCGAAGAUCCUUUUGACCAAGAUGACUGGGAGGCUUGGACCCAUGUUACUGGAUCAACUGAUAUCCAGAUUGUAGGUGAUGAUUUGACUGUUACUAAUCCAAAGCGCAUUACCACUGCUAUUGAGAAAAAGGCAUGCAAUGCCCUUUUGCUCAAGGUCAAUCAGAUCGGAACCAUCACUGAAUCCAUUCAGGCCGCUGUCCUCUCUCAAAACUCUGGAUGGGGCGUCAUGGUCUCACAUCGCUCAGGUGAAACUGAGGACUUUACCAUUGCCGACCUUGUUGUCGGUCUCCGUACUGGCCAGAUCAAGACAGGUGCUCCAUGCCGCUCCGAACGUUUGGCCAAGUACAACCAAUUGCUACGAAUCGAAGAGGAGCUUAAUGGUGAUUCUAUCUAUGCUGGCGAUAACUUCCGUAAAGCCCAUCUCUUGUAAAAAUUAGGUCCCCACUGUCACUUUCAACCAAUUCUUAUGGACAAUAUGAUAGGAAAUCAUUUGUCUAUCCCAACAAUGUUUAACC